AUGGCUCGUCUCAGUGAAGAGUACUACCGUGCGAUUGCCUCCGUAUCGGUGCCCAAGCCGGCGCGCACCUCUGGUCGUCUUCGCGACAUCUUCAAGCCGCGUCGCAGCGACAGCUCCACAUCACCAAAGACUCUCACGAAGUCUCCACCUGCCGCUAUCGAGCCAGUCGGUGUCCUGCCGAGUGACCGUGAGUCGCUCCACGCUGUCGCUAAGGAGGCUUCUGAUAUGGAUGGUGGUGAGUUAAAGCCAUCAACUGGUGCCAAGGGCAGUGUGCCCAGUAGGGCCGGGGCUGUCGUUGCUGGGUUCAGCGGUGUGCAGGCCGCCGAAGAAGGCAUGAUGAAGAAGCCUAGCGCCAACGAUGAGACUGACGUGAAGGAAGAGGUCGGGAGCAUUGGUUCUCUGACUUCCUCCACACCCGUUCAAGAUGACACUUUUGCCAAGCACGAUACUCGUAGCCACCAGAAGUCGUUCGCGUUGAACAUCUUCGAUGACCAAGAUUCGCUGAGUGCCGGCAUACGCGAGUAUGUCGAGAGCAAGAUUGCCCAGGCCUUCUCCAAGCAUCGUUGUGGAUGUCCAGUCCGCUCGCCCAUUAAUUUCACCGUCAAGUUCGAGGUCGACAACCUUGGUAAUGUCUCUCGAUCUUCACCGUUCAAGACCAUUCCCCGCGGGGCCGACAUCCUCUUUGGUCACAAGACCAUGGGCCCCUUCACCAUUACCAACGGUCGCCUCGCUAUCAACUUUCAAAUCGGCAUCAUCGCACUGUACCUUCUUUUGCUGUUCUUCUCGGCUUUUACUGGUCCCAAGACCUUCCUUCUCACCGUUUGGCGCAUUAGCGUUGCCCUUCUCGCUUACGCGGUCAUCUGUAGUCUUUGCAACUGGAAGCUCUCGACCGGUUCGGACCUUCUGCUUGCGCCCAUCGUCCUUGUCGCUAUCGCCAUGCAAAAUCCGUGUUGCGACAUCCUCGACCAGUACGGCAUAUUUCGCGUAUACGUUGCCUCAAAUGUCAUACGCGACAUGAUCACUAAGGUGAGUCUUGUCUUCCAGCCUGUGGAGUAA